ACCGACCGCACGGAGGAGGAGGAGGAGGAGGAGGAGGAGAAGAGCCGGGGGAAAGAUGGUCGCGGUGCAGGCGUCCCCGAACCUGUCUCCCUCCGCGGAGUGGAUCUGCUGCCUGGAUAAAAGGCCUGCUGAGCGCUCGGGAGAGGAUGUGGACAUUAUUCUGACCAGACUGAGAGAGGUGAAAGCUUUCCAGAGGUUUCCGCCUCCGCUCUUACUGCAGAUCUGUGCCUGUGCCUUCUACGAAUGUCUGGAAAAAGGCAUCACACUGUUUCGACAGGGAGACAUAGGCACCAGCUGGUACGCUGUCCUUUCAGGCUCCCUGGAUGUCAAAGUGUCAGAAACCGCCAACCACCAGGAUGCAGUCGCUAUCUGCACGCUGGGGAUCGGCACGGCCUUCGGAGAGUCCAUCUUGGACAACACGCCUCGGCACGCGACCAUCGUCAGCAGAGAAACCAGCGAGCUGCUGCGGAUCGAACAGCGGGAGUUCAAGACCCUAUGGGAGAAGUAUCGCCAGAGCCUGGCUGGACUGUUGGCACCUCCUUAUGGAGCUAUGGAAAGUGGAUCCAACAAUGACAGACUCACAGACAAAGACAACAUGAACUCAGACUCUGCAAACAAAGCCCACAACAAGAUUCCCUCGGAGAAGCUGCAGAGAGCCGGGAAGGUCCUCCGCAACGCAAUCCUGUCCAGAGCCCCUCACAUGAUCCGAGACAGGAAAUAUCACCUCAAAACAUACAGACAGUGCUGUGUGGGCACAGAGCUGGUGGACUGGCUGGUGCUGCAGAGCGCCUGUGUGCUCACUCGCUCACAUGCUGUGGGGAUGUGGCAGGCACUACUGGAAGAAGGAGUUCUAAACCACGUGGAUCAGGAGCUGGGCUUUCAGGACAAGUACCUGUUCUACCGUUUUCUUGACGAUGAGGAGGAGGACACGCCGUUGCCGAGCGAGGAGGAGAAGCGGGAGAGCGAGGAGGAGCUGCCGGAGACCAUCCUCUUCCUCGCUCAGAUCGGCCCCGAUGCACUGCUGCGAAUGAUCCUCAGGAAAUCGCCUGGUCAGAGGACGGGGGAUGACCUGGAGAUCAUCUAUGAUGAGCUGCUUCACAUUAAGGCCUUAGCUCACCUCUCCAACACUGUGAAGAGGGAACUGGCUAGUGUUUUGAUCUUCGAGUCACAUGCAAAAGCUGGAACCGUGUUGUUCAACCAGGGAGAGGAGGGCACGUCUUGGUACAUCAUCCAGAAGGGUUCUGUUAAUGUGGUUAUCUAUGGCAAGGGUGUGGUGUGCACGCUUCACGAGGGCGAUGACUUUGGGAAGCUGGCCUUGGUCACAGAUUCGCCUCGCGCAGCCUCCAUCGUCCUGAGAGAGGACAACUGUCACUUCCUGCGCGUGGACAAGGAAGACUUUAACCGGAUACUCAGGGAUGUGGAAGCCAACACGGUGCGCUUGAAAGAGCACGAUCAACCUGUGCUGGUGUUAGAAAAGAGUCCGCGAGCCACGACACUGGGAAGCAUCAAAUACACUGUGAUAUCAGGAACACCAGAGAAGAUUCUUGAGCACUUCUUGGAAACUAUGAGGAUGGACAUACACCACAGUGAACCAGACCCGGCCGUGGAUGACUUUGUCCUCAUGCACUGUGUCUUCAUGCCCAACAGCCAGCUGUGCCCUCUACUCAUGGCACACUACCAUGCAGCAUCUCCACCGGGCCCCGAACAGGAUCGGCUGGAGUAUGCGCUCAACAGCAAAAGGCGGGUCGUCAUCCUGGCCCUGCGGUGGGCAAACACACACACGUAUCUGCUGCAGGAGGAGCCUGCCGCCAUCUCCUUUCUGGAGGAGCUCUACGGAAGUUUAUCGAAUGACUCCCGGAUGCUGAGAGCUUUGAAGGACUUGGUGCCCGACCUGGAGAAAGUGGUCAAACUACAUUCAGAAGAGGCAAAGUCCAUGAAAAAGAAGACUCUGAUACGACAGUUCAGCAACGGAGAAGAGAGGCUGCAGAAGAAACAGCCCAUUAAAAAUCAAGACGACAUCCUGUUGAAGGUUUACUGCAGCGAUCGCACCUACAACACAAUCAGGAUCCCAGUGGCGGCGACGGGGAAGGAGGUGACCAGUGCUCUGAAUGACAAACUGGGCAGCAGUGAUGAGCUCCUGCUGGUUCACCUCAACUCUGCUGGAGAAAAAAUAAUCUUGAAGCCCAAUGAUGUGUCAGUGUUUUCCACGUUGAGCAUCAAUGGACGGCUGUUUGCUUGUCCCAGAGAUCAGCUGAACAGCUUGACUCCUCUUCCAGAUCAGGAAGGCCCGUCUGCAGGCUCCAUGUCGACUUUUGAGCUGAUGAGCUCCAAGGACCUGGCUUAUCAAAUGACCAUGUUCGACUGGGAACUCUUCAGCUGUGUGCAUGAGCACGAGCUGCUCUACCACACGUUUGGCCGCCCCAGCUUCCGGCGCACCACGGCGAACCUGGACCUGUUCCUGAGGAGGUUCAACCAGGUCCAGCUGUGGGUGGUCACUGAGGUCUGCCUGUGCGCACAGCUCAGCAAGCGCGUCCAGCUCCUCAAGAAGUUCAUCAAGAUAGCCGCGCACUGUCGAGAAUUCAAGAAUCUGAACUCCUUCUUUGCCAUCAUCAUGGGGAUGAGCAACCCGGCUGUCAGCAGACUGAGCCAGACGUGGGAGAAACUCCCCACCAAGUUUAAGAAGUUUUAUGCCGAAUUUGAGAACAUGAUGGACCCAUCGAGAAACCACCGGUCCUACCGGCUCACUGUCACCAAACUGGAGCCGCCAAUCAUCCCCUUCAUGCCGCUGCUCCUCAAAGAUAUGACAUUUACACAUGAAGGCAACAAGACAUUCAUUGAUAACAUGGUGAAUUUUGAGAAAAUGCGCAUUAUUGCCAACACGAUUCGACAAGUGAGGCACUGUAGAAGCCAACCAUUCAAUCCCGAUAUAUGCCAACCAAACAAGAACCAGGCGGAGGUUCGGGGCUACGUUAGGAAUCUGUGUGUGAUCGACAACCAGAGGGCGCUGACCCAGCUCUCGUACCGGCUGGAGCCUCGGCGGACAUGAGCGUCCAAUCUUCCACCGUCAUCGCCUUCUCUGUGAUGUUAGCAUAAACACACACACACACACGCACACACUUCUUGUAGCAGAUCUCAACAGUCGAGGACUUUAACCCGAUUACGGACUCCUCUGGAUGAAGGACUCAUACUGUGCCGUUAAAACCUCCUUUUCCCGGACGUCGAUCAGCUGCUCUCAUGUCGCCGUGUCUCAGCUGCCAGACUGAGGGAUUAUUAUUGUGCUAGUUGUUACUGUUGGGGACCUGUUGGAUAGAACUGUAAUGUAUAGAACUUGAAUCAAUAUCCUGCAUGACUGAACUUCAUAGGCUCUGUGUUCUAUACAGUGUAUUUCUAUCGGAGUGUCCUGUGAUGUUGUGCGACCCUCAAAAGAUCCCUG